AUGUCGCCGGACUACACCAAAUUACUAGUAGCAAGAUACCUGGAGGAGAAUGGAUUCACCAAUACGCUUAGUGCUUUCCUUGAUGAGACAGACUUAUCUCUGGUAGACUUGAACAAUGUAGCAUUGAGUGGUGAACGGAUGAAGUUGACAGAAUUGGUGAAGGAUAGAAUCAAGUUCGAUGAGCAAUUGCUAUUGAAGAAGGAGCGUAAUCGUGCCGAUAAUGAGUUCCCUCUUACAAAAUGGAAUUAUAGGAACACCUUUAAAUGUGAAGAGUUGGAGCAAUCAAAGUCUUUGCCCGUCACAGCAAAACUUGUCUUGCUACCAACGAAGGAACUUUACUUGCUUAUAUCAAAGGCCAACAAGACAACUACAGUAAUGAAGUUCAGCUCUGACUGUAAAUGGGAAUCCAAUAACAUCAUACAGCAUGAUAACAUCUGCAAAGAAAUUGGAUAUUUUGAAGGUACUAAUUGCUGCUACUUUAUUAGCAUAGAUGGGAAACUGGUAACAUAUGAUAUUCUGAACACGACAAUGUUGCAGACCUUCCCACUCAAUACAAGAAUGGUAUCACAUGCUAAAAUAAUACCGUCAAACAUUAAGGGCAGAUGGUAUCUUUCAUAUUGUGGAUUAGACUCUAAAUUGAGAGUUGCAGAAAUCAUACUCAAACAGGAUGAUACUUUUGACUUAAAUAUUCUGAACCAGGUCCAAUUACUAUCCAAGUGUACCGCAAUAGAAGCCACAUUACAUCCAGAGACUGGUGACCCAGUAAUAUUUGUAUCUAGGUUUGAAUACUCAUCCAUUUUAGUAUUUUGCAUGACACAGGCCAAUACAAUAUUACAUUUAAGUAACAUAGCACUCAAUGAUGCACAGUUCAUGUCCCAUUCAUUCCAUGGACUUGACAUGACUAUCAAUGAAAAUGCUUCAAACCCCAAAAAGAGCCAGAUUGUAGUGGCAACAUCACACACACCUUUUAUGAGACUAAUAGUAAUCAACUUGGGGGAUAUUUGGAAGGAAAUACCUUCGAUGCUUUCUGAAGAAACAUUCACCUCAUACAAUAGUAUCAUUUUAAAUAUGCUGACCAAUAUUCCGCAAGAUUCAUACUCUCAACCCAUUCUUGAAUGGUCUGAUAGAGAAAAGGGUUUAAUAGUAGGAUCAAAUGAUGGAUUAUACGCAGUUGAUUUGAGCAAAAAUGACAGCUGGCAAUUGUCUACUUAUUUUGCUAACCGCCGUAUAAAGCUUCUGACUAGUGAUCAUAGGGGCCUUUUAGUGGUCGGCACUGCAGAUAAAGCACUAUUUUCGUGCAGUUUUGUAAAAAUGAGUUGA